AUGACUCCCCGGGAGCACAUGAGGAAGAUGUCCAUCCUGGGGGAACAGGGAUCACUGGAGGAAAAGCACCUGUACCGCCUGGCAGGCAGCAUGGCAGCAGGAGAACUGCGGCAGCGGCAGGAGAUGCUGAUGAGGAACCAGCUGAUGGCAGUAAACCCGCAGCUGAUGGGGCCGGGCCAGCCGAGGAUGCAGGGGAUCCCCGCCCAGUUUGAGCCGCGACUGGUGGAGAGAGAUCUGCUACCUUCAACUGAAAUGAUGGCCUCAGCUGACCCCAGACAAAUCCACAUAGCAUCCCACCUGGGACCCACAGUCCCACAGCACCCCAACAUGCCAAACCUGUUGUCCAACCGUGUCUACCCAGGCCCAGGAUACAGCUUUCUGCAACCAGAAUCCAUGGAAGCUGUGGCCAGAAGACAAGAACUUGUUCAAAAGCAAAAUAUUGCCAGAAUGGAAAUGGAGAUGAGUGCUAUUUUUCAGCAAAAGGAAAUGGAGAAAGCCCAUCGGAAAGGACUCCUGGGCCUGGAAGCCCCUUUCCUUUACCACGGGAUGCCAGCAAGUCCCAUUGCUUUCCGUGGCAGGCACAGACUCCCUGAAGGGCACCUUGCCAAUGACCUGUAUGUCCAUCGGACCACCCUGGAUGAGAUCCAUGGCAACACCAUGCUCAUGGCAAGCAGCCCGUACCCGCCGGUCACCACCCUGCAAAGGGAGAGGGGGCGCCGCCCAGGGAGAAGAGCUGGAAAUCACAAAACUGCCGAGGGCAGUGCCAACGGCACAAAGAACCAGGCAGAUGACAAAUCCACAGACUCUGCCUCAGCUGCAGUGGAUGAGGAGAAAGAAGAAAAGAAGGAAAUAGAGGUGGAGACGCCAAACAAACACGAGCAGAGCAAAAACCAGACUGAGCCAGCAGUAGUUGCCAAGAACUGCAAAGAGUUUGAACAAGGUUUGAGAAAAAACUGUGCUACUCAUGAGAUUCCGACUGAAACCACCAGCUGCAGCAACACAAAUGAGAAGGAAGUCAAUAGCUCUUGUGCUGCUUUUGAUGACAAGUACCUGUACCCUUCUGCAAUCCCAUUCUCAGCAUUACCAUAUGGAUUUCCAGUGCCCAACAACCCAUUGCUACCUUCAGGAGCCCAUGGCCUGAUCCUGAAUGGAGAAGACAUUUCUUCUGUCGAAGACAUUCGCAAGUGGACAGUUGAUGAUGUGCACAACUUCAUUGCCAGCCUCCCAGGCUGCUCAGAUUAUGCCCAGAUAUUUAAAGACCAUGCUAUUGAUGGAGAAACCCUUCCACUGCUAACAGAGGAACAUCUCCUGGAUACAAUGGGAUUAAAACUUGGACCAGCAUUAAAAAUCCGCUCUCAGGUGUCCCGACGUCUGGGCAAUGUGUUCUACAUGAUGAAUGUCCCUCUAUCCGUGCCCCUGCCUCCUGCUGCAGGGAAACCCUCAGAGCAGCCCUCUGACAUGGCCUCCCCUCUGCAUUGCAACAGCAACGGUGACACCCUGGACAGUCCCUGCUCCCAGGACCCAGAAACCUCCCAAGCAGUGGAACAGAUGGUUUCAGAAAGCAGGGAAAAUCCAUGUGACACAGCUGGAUCCCAGGCUGACUUCCAGAUGAUUGCUUUCCAGAAAAGUUGA